AUGUCAGACUUUUUAUGGUUCGAAGGGACACCUAUUUUACCUGUAUUUUCUACACCUGAAUGUCUACGAGAAAUACAUGAUGAAUUUCUAAUGAAGGAUGACGAUGCUGUCAUAUUGACAUACCCCAGAUCAGGAACUACCUGGCUGAUACAGAUUGUCUGCUUGAUCCAGAACAAGGGGGAUCCCAAGUUUAUCCAAUCUGUGCUCCCCUGGGAACUUUCACCAUGGAUAGAAAUUGACAGUUUAUAUUCUUUAAUAAAGAAUAAGAAGGGUCUAUGUCUCUUCACCUCCCACCUUCCCUUCCAACACUUUCCCAAGUCUUUCUUCAGUUCCAAGGCCAAGGUGAUUUAUCUCAUCAGAAAUCCCAGAGAUGUUCUUGUGUCUGGUUAUUUUUUCAAGAAUCAGACAAAAUUUGUGAAGGUGUCGAAGUCACUGGAAGAAUACAUGGGAUGGUUCCUCGAUGGAAAUGUGAUGUUUGGAUCAUGGUUUGAGCACACCCGUGCCUGGGUGUCUAUGAGAGAAAGAGAAAACUUCCUGCUAUUGAGUUAUGAAGAAUUGAAAAAGGACACACGAGGAACCAUAGAGAAGAUCUGCCAGUUCCUAGGAAAGAACUUAGAACCAGAAGAGCUGGAUUCAGUCCUCAAGCACAGCUCCUUUGAAGUCAUGAAAGAAAGCAUGCCCGAUUAUGAACGCUUCCCUGAAGAGCAUGUUUCAAAGAAGGUGCAGUUUCUGAGAAAAGGCAUUUGUGGAGACUGGAAGAAUCAUUUCACAACAGCUCAAGCUGAAGCCUUUGAUAAAAUAUUCCAGGAGAAAAUGAAAGGUUUCCCUCCAGGGCUGUUCCCAUGGGAAUAAGUUCCCCA